AUGGAGUAUGGAUCAGGAUCUUACCUUGGCAAGGACAGAUAUCAAGAGGAAGCAAAAAAAUAUGGAUCAUACAGUUCACAAUUUACAGAUAGAAGUCAGGUUCCAUAUUACAUACCUCUGAAUGGGCAGCCUCAAGAGAAUGAUGUUUCAACAAGAAAUUCAGAGAACAUUGGUUUCAUCAAUCCUACUAUGGGCUCUUCAUCUAGUUCACAGUUUGAAUUCUUUGAAGACAUGCAGAAUGUAGAAUGUACACAUGCUCCUUCGCCAUCACACUUAGACCUAGAUCCUGCAAGCAUACACAUGGAUGAAUUUGCGGUUAAUUUAUCACAAGGCAGUGGCUUGUCAUAUUCUCAAAUGAUGCAGAGCAUGGAUGCAAUGCAUUUUUCACAGGGAAAAUGCAUGAAAAAGAAAGGAAUUGUACUGAUAUGUUUAUUAUUUCAGCAAGGUAAUUGCAGUUUUAUGGAUUUGCUAACUGGACCAAUGGGAGAUGAGAACAGAAUGUUCAUGAUAACAGGCAGAAGUGAAUAUGUUCAUAAUAGUGAGGAAGAUUAUCCUCGAAGAGACAACGACACCUGCGGAAAUAUGUUUGAACCAGAAGAGAAUUCAGAUGCUAAUGGAGAUAGUGCAUACAAGUACAAGGAUACAUGGGUCAAUCCAGAGCAGUCAGAUCAGAAUUCAGGAAAAAGUUCAUGUGAUGCACAAGAAUGUUCUCAGUCAGAUAAACUUGACAGUAGAAAUGAUGAAAAUGUUGGCAGCGCAGAUGAUUUAGCAGCAGAUGCAAGUGAAUGUGAAGUAAGGUCAGUAGAAGAAGAUGGAGGUGUACAAGAACUGGAUCAGGAAGAUAUAGAGAUAUACCUUGAGAAUGAAAGUGUUAAAGCCGCUCAAACAUGCAGUCAGGAGGUCCGUAGUCACCAUGUACCACAUAUAAAUCAAGUUUUCGAUACAAAAGAGGCUGCAUUUGAGUUCUACAACUCAUAUUCAAAUAUUAUCGGCUUUUCAGCAAAAAUAGCUGGAAAUUAUCAGUGCAGAAAGGAUAAUAAAGUUACUAGGUGUACUUUCAAAUGCAAUCGUUCUGGAAAAGUACUAGAUGAGAAAACAAAAUAA